UAGCACUGCAUCCCAUUCUGCAAUCAAACUAAUCAUGGGUCAUCAUGGCCGGCUUUCUAGCUUGCUUGCCUUGCUUCUUCUAGUGAAUGCCAGUAUGGCAUUCUACUUACCUGGAGUCGCUCCUCACAACUACAAGAAAGGCGAUUUGGUUCCCCUCUUUGUCAAUUCGCUUACACCCAUUGUUAGCUCGAAUUCCCAAUUGAAGUCUGUCAUCUCGUAUGAUUAUUAUUAUGAGCCAUUCCACUUCUGCCAACCUGAAGGUGGUCCUCAAAAGCAAUCUGAAUCACUUGGAAGCAUUCUCUUUGGCGAUCGUAUUUUCAACUCUCCUUUCCAGAUCCAUAUGUUGGAAGAUACCGAGUGUAAAUUGCUUUGCACAACCCCAGCUAUUCCUAAGGAGGAUGCAGAAUUUAUCACCGAGCGCGUUAAGGAGAAUUAUGCUAUCAAUUGGUUGAUCGAUGGUCUCCCGGCUGCACGAAAUGCAAAGGACGAACGUGCAGAAGGCGACGAAAGAGAGUUUUACGGUAUCGGUUUCCCACUUGGAUAUACAUCUGCUGAGAAGGAUUACGUGAACACCCACUACUCCAUUCAGAUCAAGUACCACGCUCGUGAAGACGAUAACUACAGAGUCGUUGGUGUUGUUGUUCUUCCCAUUAGCCGUAACACCAAGGAAGAAAAUGGUCAACUCAACUGUGCGCCUAGUGGACCUUAUCAGUUCCAAUACAGCGACAAGGAUACUAUCACCUAUUCAUACAGUGUUCAAUGGAUUGAAUCAACCACUCCCUGGGCUACUCGCUGGGAUAACUACCUUCAUAUCUUUGAUCCAUCCAUCCAUUGGUUCUCAUUGGUAAACUCUAUUGUCAUUGUCCUGUUCUUGACCGGAAUGGUUGCCAUGAUCUUGCUUCGCGCACUUCACAAAGAUAUCUCCCGUUAUAAUGCUGUUGAUGCUCAAGAAGAUGUUCAAGAAGAUUAUGGAUGGAAGCUUGUUCACGGGGAUGUCUUCCGCCCUCCCACCCGCGCUAUGUUCUUGGCUGUAUUGGUUGGUAAUGGUGCCCAGCUUCUUGCUAUGGCCGGUGUUACACUGGUCUUUGCUGUUCUUGGUUUCCUUUCCCCAUCUAACCGUGGUUCCUUGGCUACCGUUAUGGUUAUCCUUUUCAUGAUUUUUGGAAGCAUUGCCGGCUUUGUUUCUGCUAGAGUUUACAAGAUGAACGGAGGUGAAGCAUGGAAGGCUAACGUUGCCUUGACCGCCGUGUUGUUCCCUGGUAUCAUUCUUGGUGAGCUCUUUGGCCUUAACUUCUUCUUGAUUGCUUCCCACUCUUCUGGUGCUGUUCCCUUCGGUAGUAUGGUUGCUGUUUUGGCUCUCUGGGCCUUGAUCUCUUUGCCUCUCAGCGUUAUUGGAUCCUACUUUGGUUUCCGCAAGCCUAGAAUCGAACAUCCUGUCAGAACCAACCAGAUUCCUCGCCAAAUCCCUGAUCAACCCUUCUACCUUCGUACCAUUCCUUCCAUCUUGAUGGGCGGUCUUCUUCCUUUUGGUGCUAUCUUUAUUGAAUUGUAUUUCAUUAUGAAUAGCAUUUGGUUCCAUCGCAUCUAUUAUGGACUAGGUUUCCUUUUCCUUGUCUACUCUGUCUUGAUUUUGACUUGCUCGGAAAUCACUAUCCUUAUGUGCUACUUCCAUUUGUGUAACGAGGAUUAUCAUUGGUCAUGGAGAGCUUUCCUCACCUCUGGUGCAUCUGGAUUCUACGUCUUCCUGUACUCUGCUCUGUAUUAUUUCACCAAGCUUGAUAUCGGCAGCUUCACUGGUACUGUCCUGUACUUUGGCUACUCUGCUAUCAUCAGUCUUCUUGUCACUGUCAUGACUGGAGCUGUUGGCUAUGUAUCUACUCUGGUGUUCUUGCAGAGAAUCUUUGCCAGUAUCAAGGUCGAUUAGAUGGCAUACAUGUUCUCCUCCUCACUUCACAACUAAGAAGAUUUAUCCAAAAACCUCAUGCCUUUUUUCUUUCCCAAAUGCACAUCUGAACUGCAGAAAUCAUACAUAAUUUUAGCCUUACAUCAAUGUUGAAUAAAAAGAGCUAUUUUUUUUAAAAGAACACAUGGAUAUUUGUAUAGUGACUGACAGACGUUGAUACUGUUGGUA